AUCAGGCUGAGUCUGAAUGAACGCUGACAACAACAGGAAGAGGAGAUGUUGGUGUGGUGGCGUUCAGCUGACUCCAUGUCCCCGGUCCUGGCGGGCUUCCUGGGGGCCGGAGUCCUGGUUCUGGUGGUGGUGGUUCUGGUUCUGCUCUGGUCCUUCUGUCAGCGUAGAUACCUGAGGAUCUCCGGACGCUACAAGCUGCACGGUGACCGUUACUGCGACGCAGAGGACCCCCCCUACAAGUUCAUCCACAUGCUGAAGGGGAUCAGCAUUUACCCAGAAUCCCUCAGCAGCAGCAAGAGGAUCGUACGAGGCAUCCGGCGUGCGGACCGCUCCGACCGUGACGGGGAGCGAGGCUGCCCCGGCGCCAUGGGGCGGGGCAUGGUGUUGGUGGACGCUGAGAACAACAUCCUGGACGUCCCGGGGCAGCUGCAGAUGAGUCACCUGGUCCCCCCUGCCGGGCCAGGCCCCGCCCACAGCCAGGCCCGGCUGGAGCGGGCGCUGCCGGUCCGAGCAGACUACUGCUGCCUGGACAGCAGCUCGGCCAGCAGCAGCCAGACCAGCAGCAAGACGGCGUCCCCCUUCACUCCCGCCUCCUCAGAACCUGAACCCGAGCCCAGCCUGGGAACCAUCAGCCUCACCGUCGACUACAACUUCCCCAAGAAAGCCUUGGUGGUGACCAUCGUGGGCGCCCGGGGGCUCCCCGCCAUGGACGAGCAGGCGGGCAGCUCGGACCCGUACGUGAAGAUGACCAUCCUGCCGGAGAAGAAGCACCGCGUGAAGACCCGCGUGCUGAGGAAGACCCUGGACCCGCUGUUCGACGAGACCUUCACCUUCUAUGGCGUGGCGUACAGCGCGCUGCCCGAGCUCACGCUGCACUUCCUGGUGCUCAGCUUCGACCGCUUUGCACGCGAUGAUGUCAUCGGGGAGGCCGUGGUGCCGCUGAAGGGCGUGGACCCGAGCACGGGCCGAGUCCACCUGAGCCAGCAGAUCAGCAAGAGGAACAUGCAGUGUGAGAGUCGUGGCGAGCUGCUGGCGUCUCUGUCCUACCAGCCCGUGUCUCAUCGUCUCAGCGUGGUCGUCCUGAAGGCUCGACACCUUCCCAAGAUGGACAUCACCGGCCUGUCAGCCAACCCGUACGUGAAGGUCAACGUGUUCUACGGUCGUAAACGCAUCGCCAAGAAGAAGACCCACGUGAAGAAGUGCACGCUGAACCCCGUCUUCAACGAGUCCUUCAUCUACGACAUCCCGCCCGAGCUGCUGCCCGAGAUCUCCGUCGAGUUCCUGGUCGUCGACUUCGACCGAACCACCAAGAACGAGGUCCUGGGCCGCCUGCUGCUCGGCCUCCACAGCCCCGCCCCCUCCGGCGCCUCCCACUGGAGGGAGGUCUGCGAAAACCCCCGCCGGCAGAUCUCCAAAUGGCACAACCUGAGCGAGUACUGAGGAGGAUAGCAGCAGAUAGAGGCCUGGAGAAACAGACUCAGUGUACAGAACACACACAUACACACCUCAUACACACACACACACACACACACACACACACACACACACACUGUUGUGAUCAUAGUUACACUCUCUCUCUCUCUGCCUGUAUUAUCUCUCUACGACAUCUGCAAGUGUAAAAGAAUCCUGCAGUCGUUUCUGAAGGAAAAGAAAAACGCGAUUUUAAAGAAAACCAUGACGUCCAUUUCUACGACUGUUCUCGUGUCCUCGGCCGGGUGUGUCCUCGGCCGGGUGUCUCCUCGGCCGGGUGUGUCCUCGGCCGGGUGUGUCCUCGGCCGCGUGUGUGUGGACGGGGAAGGAAUGCUCCAUACGAUCCAAAAAAGAAGAAGAAGUCCCCUGUGCUGUUGUUGUCAUGCAGCUCAUCGCAUGUCUGUCCCAGAAAAAGAACCCCAUCCCACGGACUGAAGGACAGGAAGAGGCUUCAGCUCCAACAUGAGACCAAGUUACUAACCCCGCUUAUUAACCAUGUAUUCCAGUAGACCUGCUCCUCCAUAGGACCCGUAAGAACCUGCUUCGACUCCCACUCGCUCCCCGUCCUCCCAGCUCAAGUCCUCGCCAUGCUCCGGGGGGAUUUUGGUUGUUUUAGGCCGCAUGCUCCCCGCCUGAAGAGUGACAGAUCCUCCCCUCCAAAAGAAAACAAACAUGGUGUCACUCAUCCCUCGCUCCACCACGAGCAGGAGGAGGAGGAGGAGGAGGAGGAGGAGUGAGCGCCUCCUGUCUGAACUGUAGAUGCUAACAGAGCAGACUGACCACAUGUAAAAUACUGUUUGUAACAUGAACCAUAUUUAAUUUACAUUUCAGCGCCCUCUCCAUGGAGGCAGGAGGAGCUGUGGUGCUGAGUCAUGUUUCAACCUGGUCUUUAACAUGACCUCGUGACCUCAUGACCUCAUGACCUCAUUAUCUCAUUAUCACCUCCUCUCCCUGAGAGCGUAUCUCCUCAGACACCUUUGAGUCCUGUUCAAACUCUACGAGCAGAAACACCGUCAGCUCCGUCCAAUCAGGAGCGGCCAUCUCUGACAACAGGAAGUGACCGUAGAGGUCACGUAGGGUUUUUAUCUCUGUUUGCACGCACUGAUAAACGUGUUUUUAAAAAAAGAGGCGAACAAAGGUUAUGCUAAGCUAACAUGAAGCCUGGUGCUUUGAGGUCUGCUCCUCAGGUGUAGUUUGCAGUUCAGGAACAUUAUCUCGUCAGCUGUCCUGCAGACUUCCUGUUUCCUCCUUUAGACGAGGUAGACGUUAGCAUGCUAAGAUUAGCCUUGUCAGUUAGCUAGUAAAGCUACUUAAAGUGUUAGCGGACAGACUUAAGGUGCGUUUUGACCCCUGAACUAAAAGGUUCCUGGUCCCCCAUUGUUGUCUGUGUUUGGACCGUGGGCUGAAGUCCCGGGUAGAUUGUGUAAAUCAGGCCAGUGACGUACGGAGGAAACAAAGUAAAUGCACUACACCACCAGACCAGUAGAGGGCAGUAACACAAAGAGGAAUGCCAUUCAUCACAGAUGACUCCAUAGAAGCAGACGGACAGGCAGGUAUCAUUCUGAGCAACACAACAGUUAGCCUGUUAGCAUGAAGAGACUCAGCUGGUCUGUUUUAGAUGGUGCUAUAUUUCAUCACAGAUGGAUUCACUGAAUCAACACGUGAGAGGAGAUAAGCGCGAGUAGCAAAGACGUUUCAACACGGCUUUAAAAUCCUUUUGAACUCAAAAAGCCGUGAUCGCAGAGAUCGGCCGGUGUUUUGGUUUAAACGGCGACCCUGUUAACUGGAGACUCUCAGCCGGAUGCAUCCCUCAUAAACGUCUUUAGACCAUCAUUAAAUAUCUGAUGAGGAUAUUUUGAAAUCUUAAUAAAAACUAAACUAGUUUGCAUUCCCAGGAACUCCCUCUGUGUUUCAACAGCUGUGUAAACUCCACAAACACUGACACGUUCAGCUGAAGGUCUCCAGUUUACAGGGUCACUUUUAAAACCAGAACACCGGGAGGAGAGACGCAUUCACGGUGGGCUGAAUAAAAACACUGAGGUUAAUCUACCAAUCAGACACGUUCAGCAUUGCAGGCCCCGCCCCCUGAAAGUCCCAGGACCUUUGAAAAGUACUACCCCCCUAGCAGGGGCUUUUUAGGGGGGAGAUAAUCUACCCCUGAACUAAAUUUAGACCCUGGGUCCACCGGUCCAAACGCACGUAGUUCAGGGGUAAUGUUCCUCUGGUGGAAAAACGCCUUUAAUGGAACAGCUAGCAUCUGAGCAGCAUCCUGUUUAGCUGCUGGGAUGAAGCUAACGUCUGACUGAGGCUGAGCUAUAGGCUAAGACGUUAGCACGAUGCUAAGGUGUUUGGAUGAGGACACCAAGUUAGCAUGUCGCAAAGAUGCUAGCCAACACUAGCGUAUGAAUGUGAUGCCGAGAUAUUAAAACAGGCUAAAUAAGGCUAAUAUGUUAGCAUAAUGCUACAUCUUAAAACUAGCUAAAGAGUUAGAAAAGCUAACAUGCUAGUGAUGAUGUAAAUACAGGAAACACGAGGCGACCCAGCGGACCAAUCAAAGAGCUCGUAGUCCGUGUUGUUCUGACCUGUAGUCCCGUUUAGAGGUGGUGCUCGUCAGGCUGCUCAGACCUGCAAAGCAUGCUGGGACGUAGAUUAGCUGCAGAAAUCUAAACCAGGUCUAAGGUGUUAGCAUAACGCCGAUCUCUACGUGGUGUGUAAACUCUGGGGGUCAAAACGCCGUCAGAGACGAUCUGAGUGAAAUCUUAAAGUCCGGUUUGGACAGCUGCGUUUCAGGGGAGGAGUCUGAGGUUUUAUGCCGUCUGAUUGGAGGAUAAUAACGAGAUAAUGACAUCAUUAUAAACAUCGUCAGCAGCUCCAGCUCCCCUCCUCUCCCUCCUUCUCUCUCUCUUUCUCUCUCUGUGUUUUAACUCCUCCCUCUCACCUGUCUUCCUCCGUGCACCUGCGUGUGGAGGACGUCCCCCUGUGACCCUGCAGUCCCGCUGUGCUCCUGUAGGCGGCGCUGUGACCCUGCAGGUGGUGUUGUGACAGCAGUUCCGCUGUGACCCUGUAGGCGGCGCUGUGAUCCUGCAGUCCUGCUGUGAUCCUGCAGGUGGUGCUGUGCUCCUGCUGGCGGCGCUGUGUUUUUGAAGCCGGUGGAUUUCUGUCAAAGUGAACUUUCAGAUUUGUUGAUGAGAGUUUUUGAAGCGAUGACUGUUCUUCUUUAAAGCACACGUAAUCCCAGUUUCUCUCUAAUCCCCAGUAAUCUGCUGGAGGCCUCAGAUUAACCCGUGUGUAAAAUAAAGGUCUCUGCCGGCUGUGAACAACAGGCGGAGCGACUGUAGAUUUGUACAGAUGUUUGCCAUGUUUGCUGGUUUCCUUCCUGUCUGAUGUCCUUGGAGCUUUAGUGUGUGUGAGCGCCCCCUGCUGUAGACCUGGAUGCUAACCUCUCUGUUAGGUUUGUUAACACUAAUUGGACGUGCAAAUAAAACAAGUUAGCCCUGAA